AUGAUGCUCCGCCACGCCUCGCGACUGCCGAAACCGGCCGCGGCCAUGGCCCGCAGCACGCUGCCGCGCUCGGUGGCAGCCGCGCCCUUCGCGUCGUCGGCCUCGCCUCGGCGCUCGUCGGCCGCGCCCACGGCCGCCGUGGCGCCCGCCGCCGCGCAUGAGCACUCGACGCUGGACCAGAGCAAGAAGAUGUCGCUGGCCACCGAGUUCCAGAACACGGAGCGCAUCUUCGCCACCAAGACGACGCCCGAGCUCGUGCGCGCCUACGCCGUGUACUGUAUGUCGCAGUUCCGCCCCCUCGUGCAGCACAGCGGCGAGCUGCUCGAGCUCUCGUACAAGUUCCCGGGCGCCAAGUUCACGGACGCGCUGCUGCGCGCGACCUUCUUCGGCCACUUCUGCGCCGGCGAGGACGUGAACGAGAUCCGCCCCGUCAUCCAGAAGCUCGAGUCCGCCGGCAUCGGCGCCAUCCUCGACUUCGCCGCCGAGGCCGACGUCGAGCAGCCGCGCGACCUCAACGGCGUGGACCAGAACCUCGUGUCCGCGCGUACCUACGCCUACGACGGCGAGGCCGCCUGCGACGCCAACGCGGCCAUCUCGCGCCACGCCAUCAUCGACGCCAGCGAGGCCGCCUCGGCCGGCGAGCCCGCGUUCGUGGCCAUCAAGUGCACGGCGCUCGGCAAGCCCGAGCUGCUCAUGCGCAUGUCCGCCAUCAUUGUGCAGGCGCAGCUGCUGUUCCACACGCUGGACGGCCCCAACCUCUCGCGCGCCAAGUCGCGCUACCUCGAGCGCAUGAUUGACUACCCGACGCUGAGCGCCGGCCUCCGCAACGCCGGCGUGGACGCCACGGAGGAGGAGAUCCAGAAGCUCUUCGCUGAGCUGGACCAGUCCUCGGGCGACGGCGUCAUUGACUACGUGGACUGGGUGAGCUUCCUCGACCCGUUCGACCUGACCAUGGGCCCGCUGACCCAGUUUAUCGAGGAGGAGCCGCUCUCGGACAACGAGAAGACCCAGCUGCGCAACAUGAUUGGCCGCCUCGAGUCCCUGGCCAACGACGCCGCCGAGCGCGGCGUAAAGCUCAUGGUGGACGCCGAGCAGACGUACAUGCAGCCGGCCAUCGACCACCUGACGCUGAACCUGCAGCGCAAGUACAACCGCGACGGCGCCGACGUCAUCUACAACACGUUCCAGUGCUACCUCAAGAUGUCCAGCGACCGCAUCGACAUUGACCUGGAGCGCGCUCGCCGCGAGAAGUUCCGCUUCGCUGCCAAGCUGGUGCGCGGCGCCUACAUGGUGCAGGAGCGCAAGCGCGCCCGCGACAAGGGAUACGUCGACCCGAUCCACGACACGAUCGAGGACACGCACGCCAACUACGACGCCCAGGUGUCGAAGCUGCUGCGCAACAACAACCUGGCCAGCUUCAUGGUGGCGUCUCACAACGAGAAGUCGGUGGUGAACACGGUGCAGCAGAUGCAGGACAUCGGCAUCAGCCGCGCCACAGGUGGCGUGUACUUCGGCCAGCUGCUCGGCAUGUGCGACCACGUUUCCUACACUCUGGGCGCCAACGCGUACAAGGUGUUCAAGUACGUGCCGUACGGCCCCAUCCAUGAGGUGCUGCCGUACCUCAUCCGUCGCGCCCAGGAGAACUCGGGCCUCAUGAGCGGAGCUCAGCUGGAGAUGCGUAUGCUGCGCACGGAGAUCAAGCGCCGCAUGUUCGGAUGA